UUUCUUUCUGCCUUUUGGGCUUUAAAUUAUUGAUUUGUUCUCAAAGAUUCUGGAUUUGGAAAAUCACAAGAUCACCACCACAAAACCUCAAGGGAACAGCUGGUUUUAAGGGUGUGUGUGUAUGAGUAGUAACAACAGUUUGAAGUUUCGUACCCCUUUUCUUCUGUUCUAUGUGGGGUCCCCUUUUUUCCUCAGUAAGUGACAGCCUAAUCAACAGCCUGGAAAAGGGUGUUAGCAACCACACUAAAAAGCUCAACUUGAUGAUGAGUUUACGUUAAUGGCCUCCAUUACUUCAUUUUCAUGUAUCAUGUAUGUAAUGUAGUGUAAUGCAUUCUCAACUGGGUCUCCCUCCAAUGUUCCAUACCCUGUGCUAGAUUAAGGUUUUCUGAGAUUUGCAUUUCUGGGGUCCCCCUUGGAUCCGGAUUUUGACAGGACCCGUUUUGGUGAUUUGGGUAUCCGUCAAACCGUUUAUGGACUAUUGAAGACCCGGGGGAAGCUGCAAUGGUGAAAAUGGAACUCAUUAAGUGGGUUCCUUGUGUUGUGGUAGUUGUUUUUCUGGUUUUGGUUAAUGGGUCGUUUGCCUUGUACACUCCUCCUGAUAGUUAUCUAAUUGCUUGUGGUUCUUCUCAAAACAUCACCUUCCAAGGUCGCACUUUUGUUCCUGAUUCACAGCAUUCCUCACUUGUGUUGAAAACUGGGAAUUCUGUUGUUGCUAGUUCCAAUUCCAGUAGUGCCCCUUUUCCAAUUUACCAAUCUGCUAGGGUUUUCACAGAGAGAGCUUCUUAUAGGUUUGAGAUUAAGCAAGAAGGUAGGCACUGGGUUAGGCUAUACUUUUCACCUAUUCCAAACUCUAACCAUAACUUGACUUCAGCUUCUUUAACUGUGGUUACUGAAGAUUUUGUACUCUUGAGUAACUUUACUUUUAAGAGAUACAAUGGUUCUUAUAUGUUUAAGGAGUAUGCAAUCAAUGUUACCUCUGAUUCAUUGACUGUUAUCUUCAUCCCAUCGAAUGGUUCGGUAGCCUUUGUCAAUGCAAUUGAAGUUGUGUCAAUGCCAAAUGAGUUGUUUGUUGAUCAGGCACUGGCUGUUAACCCACCAGCACCAUUUAGUGGGCUUUCUGAACUUGCUUUUGAAACUGUUUAUCGGUUAAACAUGGGGGGUCCUUUGAUUACUGCUCAAAAUGACACCUUGGGUAGGACUUGGGUGAAUGAUAGGAAGUAUCUUCAUGUGAACAGCUCUGUCCUUAAUGUGUCCGUGAAUCCAUCGACCAUUAAGUAUCCGGUUGCUGUUACGCCUGAAACGGCUCCAAAUUGGGUCUAUGCCACUGCUGAAGCAAUGGGGGAUGCUAAUGUGAAUGAUCCAAAUUUCAACAUCACUUGGGUCUUCAAUGUGGAUCCAAAUUUCUCCUAUUUCAUCCGGGCUCACUUUUGUGAUAUCAUGAGCAAGUCACUCAACACUUUGGUGUUCAAUUUGUUCCUAAAUUCUGACAUAGCUCUUCAAAGCCUUGACCUCUCAUCAAUAACUAACGACUUGGCUGUGCCUUACUUCAAGGAUUUCGUUGCCAAUGCCUCGGAAGACUCUAACACUUUGUCUGUGAGUGUUGGUCCAGAUACUGUGGCAGACCUCCCAAAUGCCACUAUGAAUGGGUUGGAGAUAAUGAAGAUUAGCAACUCAUUGAAGAGCUUGGAUGGGCUUUAUUCAGUUGAUACUCUUCUUCCAAGUUCACAUUCUAAGAAAAGUAAGGUAGGAGUUAUAGUUGGUUCCGCCGUUGGGGCUCUAGCUGCCGUAGCAGUGGUUGGUUUGUGUUAUUGCUGCUUGGUGAAACGCAAGUCAAAGUCUACUCAACCAAGCCACUCAUGGCUGCCUUUACCACUAUAUGGAAACUCUCUUACCAUGACAAAGAAUUCAACAAUUUCACAGAAGAGUGGAACUGCAAGCUGCAUUUCUUUGGCUUCGACAAAUCUUGGUCGAUUCUUCAGUUUCCAAGAAAUCCUAGACGCAACCAACAAAUUCGAUGAGAAGCUACUUCUUGGUGUUGGUGGUUUUGGAAGGGUUUACAAGGGAACACUUGAAGAUGGGACCAAUGUAGCUGUUAAAAGGGGCAACCCAAGAUCUGAGCAGGGCCUUGCUGAAUUUCGGACCGAAAUUGAAAUGCUGUCCAAGCUUCGCCACCGUCACCUGGUGUCUCUCAUUGGCUAUUGUGAUGAGAGGUCAGAGAUGAUUCUUGUCUAUGAAUACAUGGCUAAUGGACCUCUCAGGAGUCAUUUGUAUGGAACGGACUUGCCACCUCUGUCAUGGAAGCAGAGGCUUGAGAUUUGCAUUGGAGCAGCAAGAGGCCUUCAUUAUCUCCACACCGGCGCAGCUCAGAGCAUAAUUCACCGCGAUGUGAAGACAACGAAUAUCCUCUUAGAUGAGAACUUUGUUGCCAAAGUUGCUGAUUUCGGCCUCUCCAAGACUGGUCCAGCUCUUGAUCAGACCCAUGUGAGCACUGCUGUGAAGGGUAGCUUUGGUUAUCUUGAUCCUGAGUACUUCAGAAGGCAACAACUUACUGAGAAAUCAGAUGUGUAUUCAUUUGGAGUGGUGUUAAUGGAAGUGUUAUGCACAAGGCCAGCCUUGAACCCUGUUCUUCCCAGGGAGCAAGUUAACAUAGCUGAAUGGGCCAUGACCUGGCAGAAGAAAGGCAUGCUUGACCAAAUCAUGGAUCAAAAUCUUGUUGGCAAGGUGAAUCCUGCUUCUCUCAAGAAGUUUGGCGAGACCGCCGAGAAGUGCUUGGCCGAGCACGGUGUGGACCGGCCGUCUAUGGGGGAUGUUUUGUGGAACCUUGAGUAUGCAUUGCAGCUUCAAGAGACCUCAUCAGCCCUCAUGGAGCCUGAAGAUAACAGCACAAACCACAUCACUGGAAUUCAGUUGACACCCCUUGACCAUUUUGACAACAGUGUGAGUAUGAUUGAUGGGGGAAACUCUUGCACUGAUGAUGAUGCAGAAGAUGCUGCCACAAGUGCAGUGUUCUCACAAUUGGUAAAUCCUCGCGGAAGAUAAGCUCUUGUGCAUGGAUAAUUCUUGCCAAAGGCCAUCAAGUAAGUGGCUGUUCUGGCCUUAGGACUAGUUGAAAAGUCCUGAUUGGUGAAUGAAGGUUAUUUCUUAUUUAGUUACUACUUUUGUAAUCAUUUUUUUUUCUGCCAAAAUCAAUUUACUUUGUAAUAUACUUGAGUGAUAGUGAUGGGUUGGGUGCCAUUAAGCUGGUUAGUAAUUGCAUGCAAGGUACCCCAUAAAAUUCUGUUGUACUACAUAUAAACCAAUUAGGAGUUAUGCUCCCCAAGUUGUUCUUACACGUUACAAUAUAUGAAGGUUCUAAGUUCUUUCUUCA